AUGUUUUCCUCCAAGGAACUACGGAUGACAUAUACAAGUUCUUCCUCAGCCCCUUUUAUCCUCUCAACCAUCCGUGAGGUAAAUUAUACUGGGAGACAAGCAUCGCGGUCAUUCACAAAGCUAAGGCACUUUGAACCAUGGAAGAUCUCCCUCCUCAUCUUGGGCACCGUUUCUGCUGCAGCAAUCAUCAUUGGCUUCCUGAUGUAUUUUUCACAGUACGAAUACGAUCAGAGGUUAUUAUAUUACAACAGCAACCUCAAAAUCAGAGGUAUCCAGUACAACAGCGCUUUGUCUCGUGAAUCCUCAGACAGGUUCAGAAAUGUAGGAAACUGGAUUGAAAAACUGAUGUAUGAGACAUUUCACAAUUCCAUUUUAAGGCAUAAAUAUAGAGGCUCACGGCUUGUCAGAGUGAGCCCAGACACAGGUGGAGUGAUUGUACAAGUUGUACUGAUGUUUCUCUUUUCCUCUACUGAUGACAAUGUGAUGUUACGACCGACAGUCAACAGGGUUUUGCAGCAAAGGCUGAAGAUGUACCCUGGGUCUGGACGCAUUGAUAUCUCCUCUUCCUCCCUCACAGGUAUGAAGGCACAAACAGCUGAAAGAAUCUUCAGUGACUUCUGUGGGCUUCGAUAUAACAGAUCAGCAAUAUCUCCAAGAAAAUCGUCAAGACUAAUUGGAGGAACUGCUACUUUCAAUGCUGGGGAAUGGCCAUGGCAAGCCAGUCUUCAGCGGGAUAACAUCCAUCGUUGUGGUGCAACAUUGAUCAGUAACACAUGGCUUGUGUCUGCAGCUCAUUGCUUCAGAGAGGCAAGAAAUCCAAAUAAAUGGACUGUUACCUUUGGGACCUAUUUAAGGCCUCCUCUAAUUGUACGGCUUGUCAAGACAAUUAUAGUUCAUGAAAAGUAUCUGUAUCCAUUCCAUGAAUAUGACAUUGCUAUUGUGCAGCUGGCUAGACAUGUGGAGUUUACAAGUGCUGUUCAUCGGGUUUGCCUUCCAGACUCGGGAGCGAUUAUUCCAUAUGAUAUAGAUGCUGUUAUUACAGGAUGGGGAGCACUUAGUAAUAAUGGUGAAACACCUAAUGUCCUUCAGCAAGCAACAGUAAAGCUCAUAGACUCCAAUACUUGCAAUAGAAGAGAAGUGUACAAUGGGGCCAUAACACCAGGAAUGCUGUGUGCUGGGUAUCUGGAAGGCGGUGUAGAUUCCUGCCAGGGUGACUCCGGAGGCCCACUGGCUACACCUGAUACAAGAAACAUGUGGUACCUUGUUGGCAUAGUGAGCUGGGGGGAUGAGUGUGCUAAACCGAAUAAGCCUGGAGUCUACACAAGAGUGACUUACUUUCGGGACUGGAUUACAAAAUAUACUGCACUCUGA